AUGACAACAAGAACAAGUAAAACUGCUAAGAGCCGUGGUUUUCGCUUUGUGAAUAUCACCCCUAACGUCACUAGGUCUGGUUCUCCCUCUUGUGUAAAUGGACGCUCAUUGUAUGUCUUCAAUGAUGAACAGUUGUACACUUUUCAAGUUCCAUACCAAUUGACAUUAAAUGAAAAAGACUUAAUUUAUCCUUCAAGUCGCUCAAGAAAAACCGGCGACCCACCGGAUAGCUUUCUUCUCUUUCGUAAGGAUUUUGUAGCAAAAUAUCAGUUACUUCAUCAAAACGAAACGAUUUGCCCAAAAAAAAUUUCAUCAUUAGCUGCGGCAAGGUGGAAUGAACAACCACCUCCG